CCAACGGUCACGUGACUCUUUACAGUAAGUCCAACAUGGCAGAUGGAGUAGGUCUUGCACGGUGACUAAAGCAACAUUUCAACUGAAACGGACAAUUUAAACUCCAUUCCGCCACGGGACAUCCACCAUGAGGGAGAGACAGAAGAAAAAGAAGGGCAGGACGUGGGCGGAAGCCGCUAAAACGGUUUUGGAGAAGUACCCUAAUACUCCUAUGAGCCAUAAAGAGAUCCUGCAGGUGAUCCAAAGAGAGAGGCUUAAAGAAAUAAGAAGCGGAACCUCGCCGCUGGCGUGCCUGAACGCCAUGCUGCACACAAACUCUCGGGGUGACGAGGGCAUCUUCUACAAAGUCCCGGGCAGGAUGGGAGUCUACACACUAAAGAAGGACAUCUCGGAGGGCGUGAAGAAGCUGUCGGAGGAGGGCUCUGACGAGAGCAGCGACAAUCUGUCGGACUCCCGAAGCUCGGAGAACAGCAGCACCGUUCCUCCAGAGGGCAGGAGAGGACGGUGGAUGCGGAGAGUCCCCUCCAAGCUGCAGUCACAGCCGUCGUCUCCGCAGCCACAGUGCUCAUCGCCUCCCGUCUCCUCCAGUAAACUCAUCUCUCCCUCACAGAAACACAGCAAGAAAGCACUCAAACAGGCGCUGAAGCAGCAGCAGCAGAGAAAUCAGCGCAGACAGGGUGGUAUCCCAGCCAUCUCCAGCUCCAGGCUGCUACUGAAGACCAUCAAAGACAUGGCAGAAAACAUUACAACAAAGACUGCAGAGUUAUGCCACCCUGUCGUACCCAGAAAAGUUCCUCAGAGGUCCGAUCGUCUCAGUGCAGGGCAAAUAAAACGCACAAAGUGUAAAAUAGACGUGGAAACGCCAGACUCCAUUUUGGUUAACACCAACCUGAGAGCCCUCAUCAACAAGCACACCUUCUCCGUCCUGCCUCCCGACUGCCAGCAGAAGCUGGUCAAACUCCUGCCUGAGGUUGACCGACAGGCCUGCUUGGACGGCCUUCUGAAGGUUACGAGCUCGGCUUUAAACAAUGAAUUCUUUGCAUCGGCAGCACAGUCUUGGAAAGAGAGGCUGGCUGAAGGGGAAUUCACGCCCGAGCUGCAGGUCCGAAUGCGUCAGGAAAUUGAGAAGGAGAAGAAAGUUGAGCACUGGAAGGAGGCUUUCUUCGAAAAUUACUACGGGGAAAAUUCAGGCCUCAGCUACGAGGAGUCCAAAGAGCUGAUAAAGCCCGAUGGGAAUAAGGAGCCGGUCAGGCGCCGCUCUCCUGUCUGCCAGACAAAUCCAGCCGCUCAGCCUCUGGAGGACAAGAAGAGCGCCAAGGACUGCGUUCAGACCGACGCUACCACGAGAGACAAGAAACCAGCGGAGAAAUCCCCGGACCCUCCGAAGGAGCUGCCCCGACACAAAGAGUCCGUCCCCGCCACGGAGCCCAUGAAGACGCGUCGGUCGCAGCACGCGGAGGAUCGAAAGCUCAGCACAGCCGCUCAGACGGCGACGGCGGCCGCGAAAACGCUGGAAUCGGAGAAACUGGCCGAGCGGAGCCCGACUGGCACACUUCACGAAGAGCAACAGAAGGAGGAGAAAGAUGAGGAGAAGAAACCCCCCGAGUCGCCCGUGAAGAAGAGCCCCCCGCUAAAGCCCAUUGCAGAUGUAAAAGAUGACCAGCUGGUGACCGCGGCAAGACCCGCUGCGGGCGACGAAGAGGUCGCCUCGGAGCCCGGCGCCGCCUCGGACGCCCACAAGAGGAAAACCCUCAGCGAGACGGAGGGGGAGGUGACUCCAGAGAAAAGGCCCCGUUUGUCUUCUGUUUCCUCCGUGUCGUCGGUCUCCUCCGCGUCGUCCAUAUCCAGCCCCGCCACGCCGUCUCCAAGUCAGAGGGUCCCGCCGCUCAAGAUCCCAGUGUCACGAAUUCUUCCCGUCCCUCUGUCGCCAAGCCAAGUCUCGCCAAAGACUCCUCUCCAGGGCCCGCUCAGUAGCCCGGGCCACACCGGAGCUCGCACGCUGGCUUACAUCAAAGCCAAAGCUCAGCUCGCCCGAGCGCAGCGCGUAGCAGCCGCCGCCGUGUCGUCCGCGUCGAAGGGAGCGGUGCCGGGCCCGGGGCCGGGUGGAGGUAGCGGUGGCGAUCACAGGCAGCCGUCACCCAGCCCCAGCCUCAGCCCAACUUCCCCACAGGCCUGCUCCAGAUUACCAGCUACCAGCAGCAGCAACCAAUCCAGUGGGCUUUCUCCUCCGCUCAGCUCAAGACCAGCUGACGACAGGCAAAGCAAUCAUUUUACCAGCACAGUCCACCAGAGCUCCAAUGCUUCAGUAGAACAUUCAUCAGUGCAGACUGAAAAGGAUAAGGAAGCCCCAACAAGUGCUGCAUCACUAACCAGAACCAGUUCUUGCAUUCCAGCAAACAACCCCCUUGUGACGCAGUUGCUGCAGGGAAAAGAGGUUCCACUGGACCAGAUCCUCCCAAAACCCCUAUCCAGUACGGACAUUCGGGUGUCGGGCCAGGCGUCUGGAAGUAAGGGGAAAACUACACAUUUCGUUGAUCAUAAAGGAGACAGGCCCGUGCCUCCGCAAGCCAACACCGCCGUACGAGCCGCAGAAUGCACAAAACAUCACCGGGAGCUUCCCGAUAAGGAAACCCAGGAGCAGAUCCUGCAGACGCUGAUGCAGAGGAAGGCUCAGCAACAGAGCCAGCCGCCUGGAGGCGCCGGGCCGCUGCCCGCACACCACAGGGUUCCGCAAAUGCUGCACGCACAGGAGUGUCGGGAGCAGUCCAGAGUGUUGGUUGGCUUUCUGGGCCGGAGGAAGAUCCCCAAGCCGGCCAUGACUGGGCAUUACCUGCUCAACGUGUCCACGUACGGGAGGGGAUCAGAGAGCAGGAGACUGCAGCUUUCAGUCUGCCCCAACAAGUCUGCUUUGAAGAGGGAAAGCACAGACGGAAAGGAGACGGCUAAGACGGAAGAACCAGCAAAGAAAGAUCUCGUGUCCGUUACUAGGGUAAAAACCGAGCAGCAGGGAUGUGCGGUUACCAGGGCCAACGACCCGGCAAGUUUUCAGCACUGCUCUGGCGUAAAGACCGAGCCUGGAUCCGAGAGCAAUGGAGCCGGCGGCGCCGACAACGGCGUCGCCAGUGCUAAAGCCAAAGACAGCAGUCCGUUUUCUCCGGCGCACCGAAAUCACCUCGAACUCCGCAAUAACAAUCAAGGAAACUCUGAGCCAUAUCUUUCCCUCAUGGACCCCGGUCACCAGCAGCUGACUGCCUUUCAGAGGACGCUCGGCAAUCAGGAGUCGGCGGUAGCCUCCAGCUACGGCGGCACCAUCAGCAUGUCUGUACCUCACACUCUGAACCACAGCACCGCGGGCACCGCCUCUUCUGCGCCCUCAUCAGAGGUCGACGGCGGGGGCAUCUGUGGGAGCGUCAUGUCGUUCUCGGUGACCGUCACCACAAUACCAGCCGGUCAUGCGCUCGACCACAGCAAUCAGGGCGAACCCUCGCACGAGCAGUCCUUCAUCGAGGGCGCCAACAUGGAGGACGUUCAGUCGAAAUGCUACUGCCGACUGAAGGCGAUGAUCAUGUGCAAAGGCUGUGGAGCCUUCUGCCACGAUGACUGUAUUGGCCCUUCGAAGCUGUGUGUGUCAUGUUUAGUGGUACAGUGAAAUGGAGUUAAUAAAACUAAACAAUGUAAGGGUUUCAUUAGGCAUGGGCCGGUAUGUGCAGCACAAUAUCAGGGUCACUUGGAGAACAAAUUGAGAAAUAAUUUUUUUUUCUCUCUCUGUCCAUUUUAAGAAAAAGUCAAGGGAGAGUAGCAUAAAGUCCAAAUAUAAAAAAAUGUUAAAAUGUCCAGAAGUAGUUAAUACUUUGUUUUUUCAAUUAAAAAUGCUGAUAUGUCAUGGAAUAGGUCAUAAUUUUAAAAUAAAAAUGUAAAAAAAAAAAAAACAUUUUCAAAAACAAGUUAUAACAACAAGAAAGCUAAAUGUCAAGAAAAAGUCAAAAAUACUUUUUCUAAAGAUGAAAACAAAAAACAGAUUUAGAGGAAAAUUUUUUAUUUAUUUAUUUACAAAUAACACUUUUUCCAAGAAAAAAAAACUGAAAAACGAAUAAUUUUGAGAUCAAAUUUAAUUCAACAAUUAUAGAUGAAUUAUAAUUGCAGUUUCAGCAUUUUGCCAUUUUUUAAGUAUCAUCUCCACUGUACAUUUAACAUUUUGAGAAAUUAGAGGAAGAAAACUCCACAUCUUGUUUUUCUGUCAUUUGACCCUAUAGACCGAUUGUAGUUUUCAGUAUCAUGUUUUUAUUGUACCACAAAGGCUGCAACUAUAUUUAAAACAAUGGUCUAACUGCUUUAAUAAAAAAUCAAAACAAAAUAAAUCUGCUGCUGGUAAAAUAAUACAUUGACUUUAAUACAUUGUAAAUAAGAUGCAUAGGCAUAGUAACUCACCUAAACUUUAACUCCUUAUGAAUCUUGGGUUAAAAUUAAUUUUAGUUAUAUUUACUCCAAUAUAGAUUUACAAAUUUAUUAACUUUGUCAACUUGAAUUGGUGUUUUUAAGUUCCUGCAUCUUACGACCUCAACGCUCCUUUAAGGGGAACACACACAUUGGUGCUGGUUGUAGCUCUAGCCGUUCUGCUAAAGCGCGCACACACACACACACACAAACACGCCACGGAUCGCUGAACUUUAGCCUUGGGUGUUUUUUGUUGUUUUGUUUUUUUUCCUCAAUAAUAACAUUUUUAAAUCAAACUGUGUAGUGGUCAAUGGCGCCCAGAUGCUGCUAUUAUGGAUAUAAUAAGUAAAAUUAUUAAAACGCUAAAAUUCUUCUGUUUUUUUCUUGAACUGUUAUUGGCAACGGAUUUUAAUCAGCAAUUGAAAUCCCUGUUUUCAAGCCUGUAUGGCUCAACAAGAACGUUUCGAUUUAACUGGAAGCUCCAUGGAUGUUUGACAAAUUGAUUUUAGCUGCUUAGCUAAAGACACUGUCUGCUGGAGUUGGCUAGCUCAACAGACAUGCUGCGUUUAACAUUUUAAAAUUAGCUUGGUUUUGAGCUGCGCUUCUGUAGUUUCUAAACUUUGUAAGUGUUUUGCCUGACCUGAACUAUUUCAAAACGGCCAAAUUUGUCUUUUAUUUUGUGACGUGAAACUUUAUAGCAUCGCCUUCCUGUUCUUACUCGGCUCUCACUCCAGCUAUUUUUCUGGCAUCUCAUCAAAAUGAAAUUGAAACAACGAAUCAAGUGGACUUUUUUUUUAUUUUAUUUGUUUGGUUAUUCCUCGAUACCGACCCAUGCCUAAGCUUCACAUGCCAUCGAGGCACAAAUAUGGCAUUAGGUUUAUUUAGAGUGAAUAGAAAAUGUGGUGCAGUAUCGUAACUGUUCUACGCCUGCGACAGCCAGGAUCUGAACACUGUUGGGGAAAAAGCAAGAAUUUACACUGGACGGUCUUGUUUUUUCAUCCACACCUCUGUUUUUACAGAUGCCAAUCAAUUUUCAAUCAGUUUAAUACUCAGUCAGAUGUGUGAGAAAUCUCACAUUCAACGUUUGCACUCAGCUAGAUUAGUCUAUAUUUUUAUAUACAAAAUAUAUAUAUGUGUGUGUGUAUUGUUUUUAAAGGAGGGAAAAUGAAUGUUGCUAAUUUUAGGACUUCAUGACUGUUCUGUGUUGAGACUGAACUUUUUAUCAUUGGGUUAAUUGGGGUUACUAUCGAGAAAAGGCACUAGAGAAAAUCAUAGGUUGUACUGUAUCUCCUGCCUGGAUUUUUAUGCAUGUGUGGCAGGGAAGUAAUAAUUUUAUAUAUAUAUAUAUAUAUAUAUAUAUAUAUAUAUAUAUAUAUAUAAACGGUACAUUAAUACAGAGCACACUUUCAUGGAUUUAACGAGGAAUUAUGCAUAAAAUGUUUUUUUAAAAUCUGCCCAUGUGGAUUGCACAUAAAAAUUAUGGCAUCAAAUUACCUGCAAAGGAUCAUGUUGUAAAGUUGGAAUUCAGUGUAGCACUUAAAUUCAAAUUUAAAUUUUUUAAUAGAAAGUGGUUUAUCUUCCCUGUUGUUGUUUUUUUUCCCAUAUCAAAUAAAAGUUUAACGUCAUCUAUUACUGUUAAAAGCCACAUUUUCCCUCCCUAAAACCGUUUUUUAGUUAAAGUGUCCCAUAAAUUGGAGGUUUUUUUCCUGUAUAGAUAACAGUUGAAAACAAAAACACUCAAAGGGAGAAAAUGAAAAUCUUUUCUUUUCACUGUAAAUACUAGAUGUAGGUAGUCUAUAUUUUCUUUGUGCAGCACACUUAUCCAGUUUUGUUACUACAAAAGAUGUUUGACAAUCGAAAGCAAAAAUAUUAUAUGGUCAAAUAAUUGUAGGUUUUCUAAAAAAAAUGAUCUCUUGGUACAAAAAGUGCCAAAUUUCUAGAUGAGUAUAACCGUUUAUCUCUGACCUUCCCAGAAAAUGAAAAGCUUCCAUUUUAAGGUGAUAUGAGGUAUUGUAAGCCUAAUAACUAUUAUGACAUAAAGUACAUUGUAAUAUUAACACAAUCCAAGUGCUUACUUGACCUCAUAUUACUUUUUAAAGGGAUCAGCGAAAAGCUGUUAACUCAAGCAAAAAAACAAAAAAAAAAAUCGAAUAAUAUUUUAUAAUAUCCAGCACGGGUGAAAAUUUUUCCUGUUUUAUAGCCGUUAUUUUCAAGGUAAAAUGCCAAAGCCACCUUAAAAAAAUAAUAAUAAUAAUAAUCAGAAGUUGUUUAUAAUCUCAGACUUGUUAAAGUAAUAUAUUUUAAUUAAUAUAUUUUAAUAUAAAAGAUCUAUUUACUAUUUUUUGGGACAAAUCAACAGGGUAUUUGCUAUAGUAAUAUAUUGGCUGUCCGUUUAGUUUAGUUUUUUUUUUUUUUUUUUUCCUAGAACUUGCAGACAGGACAGACCACAAUAAGGAAUGAUUUAACUUUGCAUCUGAAAUGGCCCAGGUAUGUCUGUGUGAACCAGUCUUUGCAACCAGUCCAUUUGUCUAAACCAUUCUUUGGAGAUUUUGUCUGUGUGCAUCCUUUGUCUACAAUUAUUACUUUUCUUUUUUUUUUUUUUUUUUAAAAAAAUAUGGCUCAGUCUAAAAUUUUAAGUUGAUCCAUUUUUACCUGUAUAUUGUUUUUUUUAAUAACUGGAUGGUCAUAUCUGUUAAAUUUGGGUUUCAGAGUAGUAAUAGAU